AUGAGGAAAGGUCUGCGGGCUACAGCGGCCCGCUGCGGACUGGGACUGGGAUAUGUGCUACAAAUGCUCGUGCUACCUGCCCUGGCCCUGCUCAGCGCCAGCGGCACGGGCUCUGCCGCUCAAGACGACGACUUUUUUCAUGAACUCCCAGAAACCUUUCCGUCCGAUCCACCUGAGCCUCUACCACAUUUCCUUAUUGAGCCUGAAGAAGCUUACAUUGUGAAGAACAAGCCUGUGAACCUGUAUUGUAAAGCCAGCCCUGCCACCCAAAUCUACUUCAAGUGCAACAGUGAAUGGGUGCAUCAGAAAGACCACAUAGUAGAUGAGAGAGUAGACGAAACAUCUGGUCUCAUUGUCCGGGAGGUGAGCAUUGAAAUUUCACGCCAACAAGUGGAGGAACUCUUUGGACCUGAGGAUUACUGGUGCCAGUGCGUGGCCUGGAGCUCAGCAGGCACCACAAAGAGCCGGAAAGCCUACGUACGCAUCGCAUAUCUGCGGAAGACAUUUGAGCAGGAACCCCUGGGAAAGGAAGUAUCCUUAGAACAAGAAGUCUUACUCCAAUGUCGGCCACCCGAAGGGAUCCCAGUGGCUGAGGUGGAGUGGUUGAAAAACGAAGACAUAAUUGAUCCUGUUGAAGACCGGAACUUUUACAUUACUAUUGAUCAUAACCUCAUCAUAAAGCAGGCCCGACUCUCUGAUACUGCAAAUUAUACCUGUGUUGCUAAAAACAUCGUUGCCAAGAGAAAAAGUACAACUGCCACUGUCAUAGUUUAUGUGAAUGGUGGUUGGUCCACCUGGACAGAGUGGUCGGUGUGUAACAGCCGCUGUGGACGAGGGUAUCAGAAACGUACAAGGACCUGCACCAACCCAGCACCACUCAAUGGUGGUGCCUUCUGCGAAGGGCAGAGUGUUCAGAAAAUAGCCUGUACCACAUUGUGUCCAGUGGAUGGCAGGUGGACCUCAUGGAGCAAGUGGUCUACGUGUGGCACAGAGUGCACCCACUGGCGCAGGAGGGAGUGCACGGCACCAGCCCCCAAGAAUGGAGGCAAGGACUGCGACGGCUUGGUCUUGCAAUCCAAGAACUGCACGGAUGGGCUCUGCAUGCAGACUGCUCCUGACUCCGAUGAUGUUGCUCUCUAUGUUGGAAUUGUGAUCGCGGUGAUAGUGUGCCUGGCGAUCUCUGUAGUUGUGGCCCUAUUUGUGUAUCGGAAGAAUCACCGUGACUUCGAGUCUGACAUUAUUGACUCAUCGGCACUCAAUGGAGGCUUUCAGCCUGUGAACAUCAAGGCGGCAAGACAAGAUCUUCUGGCAGUGCCCCCAGACCUCACUUCAGCUGCAGCCAUGUACAGGGGACCUGUCUAUGCCCUACAUGAUGUCUCAGACAAAAUCCCAAUGACCAAUUCUCCAAUUCUGGAUCCACUGCCCAAUCUGAAAAUCAAAGUGUACAACACGUCAGGUGCUGUCACUCCCCAAGAUGACCUCUCUGAGUUUACUGCCAAGCUGUCCCCGCAGAUGACCCAAUCCUUGUUGGAAAACGAAGCUCUCAACCUGAAGAAUCAGAGCCUAGCCAGGCAGACAGAUCCAUCAUGUACUGCAUUUGGCACCUUCAACUCCCUCGGGGGUCACCUCAUCGUUCCCAACUCAGGAGUAAGUCUGCUGAUUCCUGCCGGGGCCAUUCCCCAAGGGAGAGUCUACGAAAUGUAUGUGACUGUACACAGGAAAGAAAAUAUGAGGCCACCCAUGGAAGACUCACAGACACUUCUGACGCCUGUGGUGAGCUGUGGGCCUCCAGGAGCUCUGCUGACCCGCCCCGUCAUCCUUACCAUGCAUCACUGCGCAGAUCCUGACACUGAGGACUGGAAGAUUCAGCUCAAGAACCAGGUGGCACAGGGCCAGUGGGAGGACGUGGUGGUGGUCGGAGAGGAAAACUUCACUACCCCUUGCUACAUUCAGCUGGAUGCAGAAGCCUGCCACAUCCUCACAGAGAACCUCAGCACCUACGCCCUAGUCGGCCAGUCCACCAACAAGGCAGCUGCAAAGCGACUGAAGCUGGCCAUCUUUGGGCCCCUCUGUUGCUCCUCCCUGGAGUACAGCAUCCGGGUCUACUGUCUGGAUGACACACAGGAUGCCCUGAAGGAAGUUCUACAACUUGAGAGACAGAUGGGAGGACAGCUCCUAGAGGACCCCAAGGCUCUUCAUUUUAAAGGCAGCACCCACAACCUGCGCCUGUCAAUUCAUGACAUCGCCCAUUCACUCUGGAAGAGCAAAUUGCUGGCUAAGUAUCAGGAGAUUCCUUUUUAUCAUAUCUGGAGUGGGUCUCAAAGAAACCUCCACUGCACCUUCACUCUGGAAAGAUUCAGCCUGAACACGGUGGAGCUUGUUUGCAAGCUCUGUGUGCGGCAAGUGGAAGGAGAGGGACAGAUCUUCCAGCUCAACUGCACCGUGUCAGAGGAACCUACAGGCAUGGAUUUGCCACUGCUGGACCCUGCAAGUACCAUCACCACCGUCACAGGGCCGAGCGCCUUCAGCAUCCCUCUCCCGAUCCGGCAGAAGCUUUGUAGCAGCCUGGAUGCCCCACAGACUAGAGGCCAUGACUGGCGGAUGCUGGCCCAUAAGCUAAACUUGGACAGGUACUUGAAUUACUUUGCCACCAAAUCAAGCCCAACUGGUGUAAUCCUGGAUCUUUGGGAAGCACAGAACUUCCCGGAUGGAAACCUGAGCAUGCUGGCAGCUGUCUUGGAAGAAAUGGGACGACACGAAACAGUAGUGUCGUUAGCAGCUGAAGGGCAGUACUGA